ACACUCGACCGACCUGGCGCUGAGCGGCGCGAGCGAAGCGGUAUUAGUGGUGCCGUAUGUUGGCGUUGCGCAAUCGACUAUGUAACUGUUAUGAAAAGAUUACCUUUACACCGCAGCAAACACAGAUUACACAAUUCGAUACAGUGCAAUGCAUUGACAUACCGCCAAAGGCAAAGGCAAAGCAUCCACAGUGAGAUAUAUCUAACUAAAAUCGGUAACAUUAGCAGGAACCCCAUUCACUCGCUGCAAACUGGAACUUGUUGGGAGGCCAAGAAAGCCUUGAUGCAAACAAAUCAAUUUAGAUAAGGAACUCCAUCAUGGCAAGCUGUAGGAUAGUAAGAAGAGUUGGUAUACAUCAUCAAAGUCUGUCGUCAGUACAACCCAUCUUCUGUAGAGUCCUUUCAACUGAGACUUGUUAUCAUACAGCACAACCUCAGAACAGGAUAAUCAGUGCAAAAUAUCUAACAAGGAAGAAAGGUGUUCAUCAUAGUAAUACUCAAGUCAAGAAAAGUUCCAUUAAACACUCUCAUCCAUUUGCUGGUCUGAAGGAGUUUCACACUUCAUGUUCUCUGGGAUUGCUGGAAGACAUUGAGUCUUGUUUGGAUCACACCAACCUUCUUAUGCUGGUUGGUCAGAAUCGGGCAAAGCUGGAUGAGAACCAUGUCAGUCAUGCAUUGGUCCAGCUUUGGGAAGUUAUGAAAUUCACUCCCAAUAGGACUUGUGUCCUUGAGACUGAAGUCCAUCACAAUAGGGAUUUCUUGAGUUUGUGUGUCCUUGCAGAGAAUAAAGUCCAUCUGAUGAAAGAAGAUGUCCUGCCAGACGUCCUCUAUGCUGCAAUAAAGUUACUCAGUCAAGAUUUAACACACAGCUUAAUCAGAGAACUGAGAAACAAAUGCUUGAGCUGUUUGGACAGGAUGUCUUGCAAGCAGUUGUCCAAAGUAGCAGUGUGUCUCAGUGACCUACAUGAAGGGAAGACUUCAUCCUGUGGAGCUGUAACUCAUGCCUUUGGGCAGAAGUUGGACACUAUAGAAGACAUCAGAGAGCUCUCUGCAUGGAUGAGAGAGUGUCUACCAUUGGCCUCUCCAUCCCUCUGCUCUCGCUCAUUUGCCAAGGCUCUGGAAUUCAUAGAUAGGUUGGAUGCUGAUUCAGUUGGAAAGAAUGACUUGAGGAGAGUUUUGCAGGCAGCAGCAAAAGUCAGUGGAUCUCCACAAGCACUGAUAGAGAAGUGUGCAAAGCUGUUCUUAGAGAAGAUGGAGAAGGAUGAGAUAAGUGUUAAAAAUGUAUGUACUAUUUAUCAGCAACUGCAUGGAGGACUUGACUACAAUGGAGAGAACAUCCAGCCAAGAGUAUCAACAUAUCUCAGAGGAAAGUUACCUGAAAUUAAUGAUGGUGCUGAGGCUAGUUUAGUCAUCAAUAUUCUUGCUGAGAGAGCUAAAGCAGACACCAAGUUUCAGCUAGAAGACAAGGCAGUAGAGCUCAUAGACCGAGUACCCAUGAACUACUUGCACCACCUUUGUCAUGGCCUGAAGUCAAUGAACUACACUGCCAUGACACCUUUGACCAAGAAAAUAACUGCAAAGCUCCAAGCUCAUGGUUGCAGAAACUUGUCAGUGGAUGGUGUUGCAAAGGUUUUAGAAUUUCUUAUUAGAAUUGAAGCUAUCAAUGAAACAUUGUACAAGAAUAUGUACAUAGAUCUUGCUCAUAUGCUUAACCAUGCUAUUGCUCCAGGACGCGUCGUGCAUAUAAUCUAUUGUAUUUCACUUUUGCCGGUAUCCUCUGUUAGCAAUAUGGUAUUCAGUCGAGCAUCAGCCAUCCUACAUCAACUUCACACCCCAGGUAUCAACCAGCUCCUUAACUCCAUUGUACGUAUCUCCAGGAGAAUGGAAAGGAAGGGCCCACUGCCAAAUGGAUGUACCAAUCUCAUAGAACGGCUCCAGGAACUGGCCAUUAACUCUAUCAAUCAGAUAACAAGUGUCUGGUACCUAAACAACAUCAUUGACUUCCUGCUGGAAGAAGGUGAUCAGACCUUUCUCAUUGGAGUAGCCAUGCAACGCUAUUCUCAUAUCCUCUCUAAGUUGACACCACAGUUAGCUGUUGAUUGUGCCAGGCAUGUCUUCAGGAGCAAAUGCCUUCAACCAGACCUCCUGGAUGAAAUUGCCAAGCUUGUCAUUCAGAAUACCAAUAAGAUAACCCCGCUUCAAGUGAGUUACAUCCUGAGUCCAUUCAGUUCUCUUAACUACAAGCCAAACAAUGCUUCUGAUCUAUUUGAUGCCUGUAUCAGUCGUAUGGAGCCUUUCCUUGACAGUCUUCCUGCAGGAUAUGUGGUAGAUGUUGCUAAUAUUUGUGCCUUGAGUCAGAGAUACCCAGAGACUGUCUUGAAGAAAAUCUUCAGCUUGGACUUCCUUACCAGACUUGAUGAGGAACUAGAAACCAUACCUGAGAGAAGUAUGAUGUAUCGUAGAAAGCUGAUGCACCUAAACAGAUCUGUAGCAUUGGAAUGUCCAGAGAUGCAGGUGCCCUGGUUUCAUGAAGAUUUUUGCAGGGAUAUCCUCAAGAGCCGAAAAGUUCUUGUUCACUCCUCUUUGAGAGAGAUUCAAAGUGCUCUAGCAGAUGUUCUUGGUGGUCCACAGUUCUUAAGAUCCUUUGUUGUCACUCCGUAUCACUAUGAUAUCUCCUUUGAAUGCUUGGUUGAUAAUGAAGGGAGCCCUCUACCUUGUGCAGAUUACGGCAGCGUGUUAAAUCAGCUUAAAGGUGUAGCCGGUGGUGUACUUGCUGAUCUCAUGCAAUGGGGAACUCAGACUAAACAAAUGCCAGAGGGGGCUCAAAGGGUUGCUAUUGACUAUUUGUUCAGUAAUUCAUACUGCGCCAACUCUCGUCAUGCCCUUGGUAUUAUAGCUAUGAAGAAGCGUCAUCUAGAGCUCAUGGGAUACAAGUACAUACAGAUUCCAUACUUCGAGUGGCAUUCUGCAGAACUAUCCGAGCCAGAAGACAAACUCCAAUACCUCCAAGAGAAACUCUCUCAAUCAGUGAGCACCUUACCUGGUGACAGACAGACUUUGCCUCUAGGAUCACAAGUCUCUGGACAGUGGGAUCACCAAGGUGAUAUAGCCCUCAAUGGUCUAAGUGCUAUGCAGAAUGCUGACUUUGUAGAGGAUCCUCUUGUCAUGAAGGUUCUUAAUACAUUUGAUCGUAUGGGAGGCAGAAGGACUUGAAUGAUGAGAAGGAUUGGGCGUAUGUCACAGACUUAUCCUUGUACCUAAGUGAAUCUGAUGAGGAGAGACCGGAAGUCGAUAUACGAUGUGACGUGCAAUGAGCUAUGAUGUAGGAUGCAGACUUGUAUGCUUGAUGUGAAUCCACUGACCAAGGAAGGUAAAUGAGGGAAGGCUGAAAGACUUUUUCACAUAAGUUAUCAGACGAAAAGAGACUUCACAUUGUAAAAUGGAGAAAGUAUGGUUCUUGAUGGAAUAAUGAGUCUAAAUAAUACAUACAUGUACUGUAUGAUCUUGUAAUGAAAGUCACAUACACUGUACAAUAUCAGGGGCAGGUAGACUCAAGUCCAAGAAAUGUAUUAGAAACAAUGAUCUCGAAGGUAGGAUGGCUUUGAUAAGAUCAGUAUGAAAAGGAAAGAUUGUUUUGUUCUUGUUCAUCUGAUUACUAGGCAGAAUGUAAAAUUCAUAUUUGAUUAUCUUGUAAUGAAAUUCUCAUAUAUGUUUUAUUAUAAGUUAUAUCAGGAUUUAGUUUUUUACCUUUAUAUGAUGUUAUGUUAGGCUGAACAAGGGGUUCAUAAUCGGAUCGGAGCCACUCUUGGUACAUUAGGCCUUGCCAAGUGGCUCAUGCAAGCCACUAUGAAAACAAAACAUAUUUUUUCAUUAGUUGUGUUAAGAGUUCAUAUGUAUACUGUUAAAAUAAAUAUUAGCAGUUAUUAAAUCAUUUAAAAGGUCCCAUAUUCAAAAGCCUAGAGUGGCCUUGUGCAGGCUCCUUGAUUUAAUGCCAUGAGGUUUUUGUUUGCUCUACUUGCUACGUUGGAUAUUUGCAUUGUACAGAUUUCCAAUAAGAAGUUUAGCACUUCAACAAAACUAAUUGAGAGUCCCUGCUCUAUACUGUAUACCAUGUAAGAUGAAGAAGUGAGAAUUCUUCAUACCUUUGAUGUGAUAUUUUGGUUGCACUGAUUCUGUCUUGCCAAGUAAUCAAUAUUCAUAUUCAGAGCUAUGUUACCUAUAAAGUCAUGCUAUUAACUUAUAUCUAUAUUUAUUUAUUAUGUUUUUUUUCUCAAGAUGUACAUGUACAUGUAUGCUAUCAGAUGGUACCUCACUAUCUUCAUGUAUAUGAGUUUCGGUAUCCUACUAAAAAUAUGCAUAUUUAUAUCAAUAUUUUCUGCAACUUUCACCUAAUAUCACACAUGUUUUAGUUGGGUUCUAAUUUCAAAGAAAAUCAAAAUGCUUCGUAGUAAGCAACCAGAGGAUAGAUAGCUUAACAUCCUCUCAGAGGGAUCAGUUUGAUAUGAUGAGAGCUUCUUGAAGUGUACAUGUAUGUCUGUCAUAUUAAUCUGGAAAAAUUAUUACUAAGAGGGGUAAGUGAAUUUUAAGUCUUGCAUAAAUACCAACAUGCAUAUGAUCAUUUGACCCAGAGAUCACUAAGAAUUAUGCGUAAGUCUGAUGUGACCAAUGUGGUCAUAGCAGUGAAGCAUGUUAUACUGUAAAAAUAUGCACUCUUUAAAGCCUUUUUAAAGAUUUUGUGCAAACCUUCCUAAAUUAGUUAUCACUGUUCUGUUCAUCACUACAUUAUAUAAAUGCUUAGUCCCACUACCAUUUCAGCUUUGUUUGGAUAAUUUGAAGUAAUAACAUAUUUUGUUUAUGGAUUUGUGAUUUUGCAUGAAAGUUCUAUUUUGGUUAGGAUCGUGACUAAAAAUGAAAAUCCAUGUAAGUAUAUUUUCUUUUUGAAUAUGAAACUCCCUCUUAACCAUAGAAUGGCCUGAAAUUUCUGGAUGUAAUCUUUGUAAAUUUAUAAUAGCAAUCAUUUGUGUUCAGAGGCCCACUUUUUAGACAUGACUGGGAUAAGGUGCUAGAUAUUCUUAAAAAGUGGAGAAAUGUUUCAGUGGUCACGGCUCUGUUAAAUUGGAAAUAUUAGACUUGCUUUUUACAGCAACUAUUGACAGGCUUUUGAAUGCUCAUUUUGUUUCUGAUACUAGAUCUGAUAAUCAAGUUGUAUUCAUUUAGUUUCAUCAUUAAUCCAUCAUACCUUGAGUAAACUUGUCAAAUGAACUUUUUAUCAAAAUCAGAUGUAGAAUUAAACAAGUAGUGUGUUUAACAUCAUUAGUUUCCUCAUUUGCAUGCCAUCCAUAGCACUCUCUUUGUGUGUGUAUUUGAGAUUUUGUCAGACGUGUAUCAAUCAGAUAUGAUUAUUUACGUCUGGGACCGACCUUUAACGUCACCAUCCGAAAGACGUGACCAGGGCUCGAACCUCUGCAUCAAAUUUGUAACUUCCCCACAGCUUGGAUUACAGGCGCACGCCACAACGCCCAGUUUAAAACAACAUCAAGCUUUUAAAUGAUUUUCUUAUUUCACAUCAAAUUAUUGGAUAAAAUUGACAGUAUUUCACUUUUUAUUCAAGUCAAACCAAAAUUCAUUUCUAAACUGUUUAUUAUACUGAGAAUUGAUAUUGGAUAUAUCUUGUAAAGAAAAUGUUGAAAUUUCAAUUUUGGAAUUGAAGGUCAUUAUAUCUAGAUCUUUGUGUGAUGAAGAAUGGAAAUGUUGAUGAUUCCUGUAAUAUGGGUAUCUUGUCAAAGUGAAGGGUCAGGCAAACCUUGGGCAUCCACUCAGGAUAGUUGCUUUCCUUGAGAAAGUUUGAUUCAGAGGGUUGUUCAUGAAGCCUAUUGCCAAAUUGAUUCAUUGUGCAGUAAAACAACUUGCAACAGUUCGCAAACUGUUAAACUUGAUCCAAUUAACAUUAUCUAUGGAAAACCACAAACACCAGACAGUUGACAUGUUUCACAAUUAUGAUAAACACAUGCAUGCUUUAAUGUUUUUACCCUUUUGUGAGCUCCUGUUUUAAAUAAAUGGUGCAAACCCUCAAUGAAGAAUUGCAACAAUAAUGAUUUGCCAUAUUUCAGUUUCAUUGGAUCAAUCACAAGUCUCUUUGUAUUAAAGAUGGGCCCUAAAUAUGUAUUAGAUCGCUGUACGUUUGUGAAAUUAGUGGAUUUUAUUUUAAUAAGAAUAUUUGUAUCAAUGGAGGUUCUCAUUUUUGUCUUGCCUGCAUAGCAGAAGCGAGAGACAUUGGCACCGAUUUUGCAGCAAAUUUAUGCAGAUCAUGUGAAUAUGGUCAUACUGUAUGGAUUAACCUAGUGUCAAAAGGAACCAGGUGGUCCCUCUAAAAAUCCAUGAGAAUUCAGUCAAUCAAUCGUACUUGUCUUAUUAUUCUUUAUAAAAAGGUUUUAGUUGUUUAACAGACAGCGUGUGGACAGAAAUUAUUUUUCCUUCAUCUUUGCCUGAAUGAUCGCAUCAUCUAUGAAUAUGAAUAUACAGUGUUGAAAUGGAUAUUUUUGCAGAUUAAGUAUGGAGAAAAAGAGCAUUGUUUUUUGUACAUAAAAGCACCCAAAGCCCCCAAGCAUCUAUUGGCUUAGAUUGUAGAAUCAGGCAAUAAAACAUGGACAUCACUAUGGUUUUAAUUACCAAAUUUAUAAAUAUUUUUUGCCCCGAUGGGAACUGCUAAAAGCAUUGUAGGAAAUGUGUGUACUUCCCACCAGUUGAUGUGAAAUCUUAUGCAAUAGGAAAUACUGAUGUCAGUGAUGUCUUGUCCAUACAAAGAAGCAUACAUGUACAACACUGGCAUAUCUUCUACAGUUGCAUUUAUUUGAGUAUUUGUUUUACUUGUAUUUGAUAAAAAGAUAAGUUGUUAUAAAUAUAUUUUUAUUUAAAAAUUGUAUUCAAUGACAACUGUCAGUGAACCUUUGUGUACAUUUCACAUGUUUUUACAUGUGUUUUUACAUACGUCAGGAUAUGAAUUGCUUAGUAGUGCUAGCCUGCUAAAUUUACAUCUAGGUCUGACAUACAUUGUAUUUAUGAACGUCCUAUUUCAAGCUUUCUAAUACAAGUGAAAACAUGAAUUAAUGUUAUUAUCUUACAAAUUUUUUUUGAAUUCAUUUUUUUUAAUUUUCACACACCUACAUGUAAUUAUGGUUUUAAGUGAUGAGCGUCACUGCAAGACAGUCACUUUGAAUUUCUUGCUCAUGUAUUUUUAUAGAAGAUAAUUUCUGGUUUUUAUUUUUUCCUGUGGAAAAUAAAAUGAAUAAAGCA